AUGGACCGCUCGGACACAAUGUUUGCGGCCACGGACUCGCAGCAGGCUGCGCCGUCGCAGAAUCUUGAUUUGACGUCAAAUUCGACCAGCCCACAAACCUUGGAUAGCGUGUCACCAUCCACGGCUGGACCGUCGCUUGCCAGCACGAUGCCCAUACCAAAGAAAUCGCGGACCAUCAAGACAGACAGGCCACGCCCGUUCCUAUGUUCCAUCUGCACGCGUGGUUUUGCUCGCCAAGAACAUCUCAAGCGCCACCAACGCGCCCACACGAACGAGAAACCGUUCUUAUGUGCCUUUUGCGGACGGUGUUUUGCGCGGCGCGACCUGGUGCUUCGGCACCAGCAGAAAUUACACUCCUCGCUUACGGACACGAAUGCGGGUUCCAAGGAGGGUCGUUCAGGCGCGGUUCAGCCACGCGACUCCAAGCACCAUUUGAACGACGAGCACAUCAUCACCAUCACAGGGAACAAACAGGCCAUGCUCCCAAUGCCCCGAAAAGAAGACAACGCGAUCAACCAGCAACAUGCACUCCUACCUCAGUCACAAGCAGAUCUAGCAGCACCGCCGGCCGGUCCUCUUUCUAGAGAAUUCGGACCAGACUCGGAGCACGAGGAACGGCACCUCAAGCGUAAACGGCAUGCCUCAUUCUCUGCUGCCAGCUCCUUCACAUACACUCAAGCCAAAGAUGCCCCCAGCAUCAUUGAGAAUGAGAUUCCAGACAUCCCCCACCAAGUGGGAUUUUCCACUCCACAACUAUCUGCGCAGGAACUGGUGGAAAAAGCAUUGGAAAGCGGUGUGGAUUUUGAUAUGCUACCUUUCCCGCCACUUCUGGAGCUUCCGGAAGCGGUGAAUAACAGCAGUAUUAAUCUCCACCAUCAUUCAUUGCCUCCAGAAGAUCCGCCGAUCCAACAUCACUCACGCAAGGAUGAGCUUCUGCUACACAGUUCAGAGUACCAUCACAAUUCAAGUCCUAAUAUUCGGUCCACCUUUGCAGCAACAACACCCCUGCUUUCAGACUUUUUGCAGAUGGGUGCGUCCACAGGCGGAUCCGGUGGUUUUACCGGCUACCUGGCACCAGAUUCUAAUUUGGAUUAUUUCAGCUACGAAUCGUCCUCUGAGUUGCCGCAUUCCAUGCCUCUGAGUGCAAUUCCAGAACAAUCACGACCUUCUGGUAGGAGCGCUCAAAGAGAGCAGCACUCUAGCAACCAUGAGCACUGGUUAUCUCAGUUUAUUAAUACACAUGUUGAUGGAAAUUUCAAAGUCGAUGUAAAUGAUUUUAACGAAAUUGGAUUCCCCUACUCCAACUCAGAGGUUACUACUAAUAACUCCACGCCUGUUGUCAACGCCCUUACACCUAUAACAAGGCUUGAAGAUAAGUCGAAAAUGAAUUCCAGUCCGGGUUUUAGCGAAAAUUUUGCAGAAAGCAACAUAACGACCCCGGGUCUCUGCCCACCUAUGUCGGCCACUGCAGCUCAUAAAAAACAUCAUAGGAAAGGCGAUAUACCGUUGUUUUUCAAAUCCAGGCAAAUUGAUUUAUUCAAAAAGAUUAUGGAGAGUCAAAACGACUUCAGCUCUUCAAUACACGACGGCCAAGAGCGGGUGAAUAAACCAAAGAAAAAAGGUUCUCGAUUGCAUUUCUUUACUGAAGAAUUGAGAGAGCACAUUUUGAAGUCAAACGAUCUGUCGGCAGAUCAAUUCCCCACUCUAAUAGAACUGAAUACCUAUGUCAACCUCUAUCAGGACGAGUUUCAUCCUUACUUUGGGUUCAUACACCUACACUCCAUUAAGCCUUCCACCGACUGUUAUUUUUUCUUACUAUCGAUAGCCAUGAUCGGUGCACUUUACGGCUUUCAUUCAUCACAUGCACUUUUAUUGUUCAACAUUUGCCGCUUUCGUGUCCGGGAGUACUUGGAAAGGACGUCAAGCAACCAUGAAAAGUCGCCUUUAUGGAUCAUACAAACUAUGGUAUUAUUGAUUUUCAUUGGCAUUUUCAACAAUGAUGUCUCGUUCACGCUGAUUAUGAAUACCCAGAUUAGAUCACUGAUCGAAUUAAUCAAAAUUACUCAAUUGAACAUGCCGCUAGAGAAAUUCAUCAAUCCACCCAUCAACAGCGACCAUAUCUUAGAUUAUCAGCAUGAUCCAAAGUUGUUGGAACAAAAAAGACAAGAGUAUAAUAGCCUGGAACAAAUAGAGCGCAACUACCACUAUUUUGUGCAUGCGCAAUCUAGGAUACGAACUUGCCACACUGUGCUGCUUAUUUCUAAUUUAUUCAAUUCUCUGGUUGGAUUGGACUGUUGCUUUCACUCUAUUGAUUUGAAAUGUGGGAUUCCUUGCUACCGAGAAGACUUGUACUUUUGUGAAAACUCUAAAGAAUGGUCUUCCCUUUUGACGAAUUAUCACCUCGCACUGGACUCCAAAUUUUCUCUCAUUGAGCUAUCUAACGGUGGCGAGAGUUAUAAGAACUGCCUAAUUUAUUUAACAAACGGUUAUCAGUUUUUUUAUGAAAACAAUAAGGUAGCCUUCAAGACGUUAUUGUCCUUGUUGAUUUCCAUCCAUGAGAAAAUAUUCAUUGAGAGGAACAACUUACGGCACGAAACCAAUGAACAAAUAAUGGAUAUGAAAUGGCGCAUGAACUCAAGGCCCAUAAUCGAGUCUUUGCUUAAAUACUGGGAGGCCCUGUAUCUUAAGAAUGGUGGCAUAAUAAUGGCGAAUGAGGGCAAUAUUGCAUUCAUUAACUCGAACCCUUCUCUGCGACUUAUCAUACCACUCCUAAAUUUCGCAAAAAUUAGGAAGUGUCUAAGAAUCACUGACAUUAUGAAAAAGAUUUGGUUCAAGGAUUGGGAGGGCAUGAACAAAUGCUUGGAGCAAUAUCGGGACUGGGAAGUUUUGCGGGAGGCCACGGAUUACGCUCUGAACAUUGUCAAAUUUUGGGUCGACACCGUUUUCAUCGUCAAGAACGCAGAAAAGACAUCGCUGAGAACUCCUAUCUUUUCUAUUACCUGCAUCUUUUCAUCCAUCCUAAUCAUUGCAGAAUACCUGAAACGUGUCGAAACCUGGGCUAAAGACUAUCGUGAAUCAGUGGGGAUUGAGACGCUUAAGGCAGUUGACAGAACUCUAUGGCUCAAAUCCGAAACGAUUCUAAAAAAGGUUGAAGAACAUUUACAUCCCAAAGAUUACAACAUGCAGUCUUAUGCGGAAUUUCUAAGGUUACAGGCUAAUGGAGCAUUGGAUGUCGAAGUUUUGGACGACGACUUGGCUCGGAAGGCGAUGAGCCCGGACACUAAGAUUGAAGAAACUAUUAACCUCAUCUUGCGCGCCCGGAUUUCUUCUCGUUCGCUUUAUCUCGGAGUUAGAAUUUUAGGAGACGCCCCUAUAUGGCCAAUCGCCCUGCUAUUUGCCCAUGCAUUACAAUCCAGGGCCAUUUUCAACUUGGCCAACCAUCCUCCGUCGUCUUAG